AUGUGUUCACAUAUUUCUGUCAUUUUUCGUUAGUAAAAAUAAAUUAAAUCCAAAUUUUGUAACAUCAAAAUCUACACUUUCAAAUGAAAACAUCUCGUUCGACUGUCUCGAUGGCCCAGUGUCCGUGUCACCUGCCCGGAGCACAUCACUGCGGCAAGGAGCUGCGAGAGAAGCGCCAGGAAUUCUUCCGGCGGGACAUCGAUGACAUUACGGACAGCGUAAUGCAGGUGAUGCGGAUUUGCGGCCUAAUGGCCUGGGAGGUGAGGCGCACCAGGGAAGUGAUAAGGCGUUCAUUCGAGCACUACGACGAGUUGCGCUACAGGAUUGACUUGGUGCCCCGCAAGCGAUUUUGCAAGGAGACAUUCAUCCAUGGGCUGGCCGUCGAGGCGCAGAUGUCGCGUAUGGACUCCCAAAUCGCCUACUCAAUCGUGAAGAGGGCCUUUAAGGCCUACUACCACGGGACCGCGAUGGAGGGCAAGCGGCUGAAGUCCUUGAUGGAGGGCAUGAAGCAUAGCCAGCAGUGCCUCUGGCUGCACGCGGCCAAGCGCACGGCCGAGAUCUACGCGGCCUAUGCGGGCCUGAUGCACUCCGAGAUGCUGCAGUUCGCGGAGCGCUUCGAGUGUGUCUACAAGAGUCUGUACGAUGUGCUGUGUACCCGUGUGAUCUGGGACGAUGAGAACCAUUGCCGCUGCGCCUGGACAUCCGCGGUCCCCUCCCAGAUCUCUACCAUCUCCACAAUGACCGCCGAGAUUGAGGUGCUUUUCCUGAAGCAGAACAUGGCUCCCAGCAGUGCACCCUCCGCAACGGCCGUGGUCCCCAGUCAGCUUUCCGUCCAAGUGAAAGAGAUCAUCAUGAAUGAAGGGUCUCCGACAGGGCCGGCCAGCGAGAUCAGCUCAAAGUCGUCCCGAUACAACUAUGGACUGAAGAAAGUAAUCCAGAAGAAGUCCUCGAGUAAGCCACCAACUGUGCAGAGCUCCAAGGCAAGCCUCGGAAGGCGUAGGAAGAAGUGCACGUGUCCGAAGCUGCAGUGCGAUCGGAAGUUUGAGCGAGAGGCGCCAGAGAUCACGGCCGAGUGCAGCCAGGGGCCGUAUGUGUGCCGCUGGCUCCGCUACGACGAGGAGGAGGAGCAGUUCAAGGAGCACCGAGUUCCGUUCCCUCCUAUGGAGGUCAUCUGUCCUCCCUGCCACAAGGACGACCUGCCCUGCGAUCCCGAAUGCACCUGCACCUGCGACAUCUGCACCUGCCAGCCUGCUUACGAUGAGGGGGCUGGGGAGGAGGAGCACCACGGGGAGAGGCUGUCGGCCACCGGCAUUGAGGACCACGACACUGACUACUGUUGGCUGGCUCCGUUCCGCGACUGGCCCCGGGUGGACGAGGAGCCGGUGGAGGAGCCGGAGGAGGAGGCAAGCAUGACCCCCAACUCCGAAGAGGAGGAGGCGCUCUUCCAGUGCCGCUGCACCUGCGAGAUCAAGCAGCGUGCCUUCCCUCAUCUCUUCACCUACUUGGCUCCCUUCAAGCCGAUCAAGCCCGUGGUUGAGGAGGUGCCUUCCGUCAAGGAUCCAGAGAAGUGCGAAGAGGAAGAAGGCACUGAGGACUUGUUGGCGAAGCCUCCGCCCUGCGGUGUCUCCCUGGCCACCUACCGCUGCUGGUUGAAGCCCCCACCCCCUCCCAGUGAUCCCGAGUCCGUUACAGAGGAGCAGCCACAUAUCGCAGUGCUGGCCCAGGGUGCGAAGCCCAAAGUAGCUGGCAUUUCUAUGGAUGUCACCGUCAAGGGGCAGCACCACCGAAAAGGAAGCGAAGUGGCCAAACCAUCAGGGCCAGCGCCCGCAUCAAAGUCUCAGAGGUCUACCACGAAAACACCCAAUUUAAGGAUUAGUAUGCCAGCCCAAGCUGCAGCUCCUACGGCUCCGCCAAAGCCAGCUCCUACGGCUGUUCCCGCUCCAGCUCCAGCUCCGGUCGCCACUCCUCCAGCGGCCAAGCCCCUGCCAACUCAGGCUCCGGCUCAGGUAAACCAAGAGGAGAAGCUCACAAAGGAGGACAUUUUGAAUAUCAUUGGACUGUAGUAGAGUUUACCGAGCAAACGUUUCAUUAUUGGAUGGUUCCGUUCCGCAUUCUGAGCAAAUUUAUAUACUAUUUUGUAUUAAAGUACACCUUUUUCAUAGGACCACAUUGGAGAUAGGAGUGGCCCUAGCCCCAAAGCAGAGCAUU